CACUUCGUCCAAGCAGGUUCUUCUGAGAAACUGUGUGUUGCUAAAGAUAUUUAAUAUCUCUUCCAUUUCAGAUUCCAUGGCAGGAACAAUUGAUCAGGCCAGAAUGAAGUUUUCAAAAAUAGUAAACAGUAGCUUGUAUACCCAGUUCAAUCGAUCUCAGAAUCCUGAUGGAGAGAGCAGCCGCGUGGAGGUCAAGCUUUGUGCAGAUGGUGAGGAGGAAAUGGAUGGAACAGAACUAGGACCCGUGCAAAAUGACACGUACACAAGAACCAGUCAUUCUAGGCCAUGGAACAGGUGGAGGAUUCUGGUUUGGGUGGUUGGAGUGCUGGUCAUCUUUUUUGUAGGUUUACUCAUUGGAUACUCUGCACUCCUUAAGUCUGAGUCGGCUCCCUGCCCUUCGAGAGUUCCACCUAUUCAAGAAGUUCUGCCAAAUUAUCCACCUUCUUUGGAUUGGAGUGAUCUUGUUAGACUUCUGAAUGUUAAACUGUCCUCUAAAGCCAUUGAAGAUAGAUUAAGCGAGUUAUCCCAGAGUGACCGUAAAGCAGGAUCAUUUGCAGAUAACGAGUUAGCUGAUAAGAUCCAUAAUAUUUUCACGCAACUGAAAAUGGACCCCUGGGUUGAUGAACACUUUGUGAAGCUACAGUAUCCUGACAAGUCCAAACCCAACAAGGUUGAAUUUGGGUCAGUGAGUAUCCGUCCAAAUGGGUUCUUGGCUUACAGUGAAACAGGACGUAAAGAGGGCAGAGUGGUGUACGCCAACUAUGGUCAGCUUUCUGACUUUGAGACUGUGCAGAAUGAAACAUACAGACUGAGUCUAAAUGGAUCUGUUGUACUGAUGAGAGCUGGAAACAUCAGCAUGGCACAGAAGGUUAUGAAUGCAGCUAAAAUGGGUGCUAUAGCAGCUCUGAUCUACCCAGACCCAGCUGACUAUAACAUAAUAUCUGAGGAUAUUGAUCUCUAUGGUCAUGUCCACCUUGGAUCAGGUGAUCCUUACACCCCAGGAUUCCCAUCUUUUAAUCACACACAGUUUCCUCCUGCCAAGUCCUCUGGUCUUCCUGGAAUACUCGCCCAAACCAUCACUGCUAACAAAGCACGUGAAAUCUUUAAAAAUAUGGGAGGGGAUGAUGCCCCUAAUAGAUUUAAGGGUAACCUCCCCACAUACAAGUUGGGAAGCGAGAAUGACCGCAUAACCGUAGAAGUCAAUAAUAAUCUUGCCCACACUAAGAUCCAUAAUGUGUUUGGAGUCAUCAAAGGAUACGUGGACCCUGAUCGUUAUGUUGUGAUUGGAGCGCAAAGGGACUCCUUGAGCUUGGGAUAUGCCAAGUCUACAGUUGGCACUACUCUUCUGCUGGAGCUUGCGAGGGUUUUCACUGAGUUGAAGAAAGAGGGUUUCAGACCCAAAAGAAGCAUUGUGUUUGCCAGCUGGACUGCAGGGGAUUUUGGUAACGUCGGAGUUACUGAAUGGCUUGAGGGAUACUGGGCAUCACUGGAUCGAAAAGCCUUUACUUACAUCAGUUUAGAUGGUGUUGUUACUGGUGCAGGUUACUUUAGAGCUUCUGCGAGUCCUUUGUUGCAGACCCUUCUGAAGAAGACCGUGGUAAAGGUCAAAAGUUCCAGUUCAAGCCUUCUACAGAUAAAUGAGCUGGAAACCAUGCAGAUGGAUGAUAGCGCAUAUCCUUUUCUGGCCAUGUCUGGAAUCCCAUCCGUGUCUUUUAGUUUUGUCUCUCCUCCAGCCUCUGCUAAAGAGUUUUUUGGAACAAAUCUGGAUGAUAAAGCUCACUUAGACAGCAUCACCAAUCAGAAAGUGGUUGAGUUGUCAGUGCUUGCUGCUCAGGUUGCUGGGCAAAUGGCCCUCCGGCUCGUCCAUGACCACAUCCUCAAACUAGAUGUUAGCAAGUAUUCUGAUGUCAUCACAGACCAUGUGAGCGCCAUCAUCCAGCAUGUUGAUGUCCUCAAAAAGAACAACGUCAGUAAAAUUGAGUCUUUGUCAACGAAGUGGCUGAAUGCUGCAAAAAGCUCCUAUAGUCGUGCCGCAGCCUCCCUUAAUACUGACAUAGGGAAUACCGACCUGUAUGAUAUGGAGAUGUGUCGCAUAAUCAAUAACCGCAUAAUGAAGGUGGAGAAAAGUUUUCUCUCUCCUUACGUUUCUUUGAGAGAAGUCCCGUUCCGCCACAUUUUCUUUGGUAAUGGGUGGCAAACCACCACAGACCUGGAAAAGUACUUUGGUGAUGUAUAUGAAAUGAAGACAAGCUUCGACAUAGACCAGGUCUUAAACAAGUUCGCUCUACUCACCUGGACCAUCCAGGGCUGUGCCAAUGACCUGGCUGGAGAUAUCUGGUCCUUGGACAACGAGAUCUAGUGUUUAUCACUGUUGCAUCAACCAACUUGUCAUUGAUUUUGCUUGAAAAUGUUUCUAGAUACACAAGUAUAAUUGUGUCACUAUGAAGUAUAUC